CCAGCCCUCAUCUGCCCCACAACAACAGGGCGAGCGCUGCUACUUAAGGCGGGGAAAGGCAUUGGGAGGAGCAGAGCUGUUGAAGGGAGGCAGUGGGGAGAGCUCCGAGUUCGCGGAAAGCAGCAGGAAGGAGGCGACACAAAGUGUGUACGAUACAGGCAGCGGCGCGGCGCAGACCACACCCGGAGUCCCAGGAUCCAGGCCCAGUCAUGGCGGAGACCGCGGAACUGCUUAGCGCUUCGGCGCAGCUAACGGAGAACAUGGCGAAAGCAACUGUAGCGAUGGGGCUGUUGCAGGAUGUAGCCAAGUUCGCCGCCACGGCCGGUGUGUUGUCGGGAAUCUUCCAGGUGGGCGGCGCCAUUCUGAAGCUGGUGCUGGGAAUGCAGGACAGCGAGGAGCUGAAAUAUAUGAAGAAGCAGUUCCAGAUCGUCAGCAACAAACUGGAUGUGAUUUCUGAUCAGAUCGGGCAGGUGCUGCGGGAGAUCCAGAGCAGCACGAUCGACAACCAGUACUUCACCAUCGAGGAGAACCUCAAGAACCAGUUCCGCAAAUACAUGGACAUCCUGAGCUCAGCGCCCGAGUUCCGCGACAAGGAGCGAGACGAGUUCCUCGCCCACUUCGACGCGACCAAGGGUGACCAGAACCUGCACACGCUCUUCGACGCGGUCAUGGGCUUCUCCGCCGUCUUUGGGAGGCCCAUCCUGGAGACAGCCAUGAGCUACGACCAAAGGAACCGGCGCCUGAUGGAAGUCAUGUGUUGCCGGCUGAAGGAGCUCUUCUGCAUCGGUCUGAUCGCUCUCCUGGGCCACGCCGCGGUCACCGGCAACGAUGUGGAGGCGUUGAAGAAAGAGUGGAACCAGAAACUGGCGGACGUAGAAGCCAAAAUGAAAUCCAUGGUAGAUCAGUGCGUUAGCGAGUUUCCGCAGCAGGCAGAGAUAGAUGUCGAGAGGAUGGUGAAGGACAAGGGGGGGAGAGAUAACAAUGGGUGCGCCACGUUUAUCCUGGAAGGACUAGUGAAGAAAUACGACUGGGUCCGCUGGUCAGUGCGCGUCUAUGAUCCCAUCUCGGGCUUUGAGAAUCACUGUGUUGGUGGCCCAAACAGCUUUUAUUUUUUCCGGCUCAAUAACGUCAACGUGGUUGUGUCCUACGCCAUCGACCCAAGGCCCAUAGACGAGGCGCAGAUCCGACAGAUAAUGCAGGGCAAGGAUGGCUGGUGGGACGCCAGAGAAGUGUUCGAGUUCAUCUCCACCAACGUCCCGGGCAACUACAUGGUCCACGCGGUCAGGCGCUACAAAGGCCUGUGGAACCACGAUAACUUCCCCGACAACUGCCACUUCUGGGAGAACUACAGUGGGGUCACCCUCUGUGUCCACUCCACAUGAUGGCCCCAGGGGCAAGCCGGUCCCUAUGGAAGUUAUAGAAGACUUAAUUAAGACAUUUAUCAUAGUCAGCUAUUUUACGUGAUCAGCUUAUUGUACUCAGACUCGCGUGAUUGUUAGUUUUGCAGCACUUAACAUUUAUCUAGUAAUCAAUGCACUAAACCAGUUACUUAUUUUUUACUUUUGUGUAUCAGCAUUCUUAAUAAAUACAUUUGUAUCUUUGUGUGUGAACAUAUAAACCAAUAUGUAACAAUGUAAUAUGGUGUGGGAAGCCUUGGCUUGUGUAGCCUUGGUUUUAACUGAAACAUAAUGGCAGGACAAAGCUGGGACAUUAGAAGUUGAUUUUAAGGGUGGCGAGUGAGGGAUGAGAUAUGACGGGAAAUGUAACGUUUAAUAAAACUGAACCAAGGUCCGAAGUAAAUGUGGCGAGACAGUGAAUACUAGAAUCAAAGACAGAUUGAUGCAAAGGAGUACAGCAUGAAAUAUAGUGUAGCAGAGAUAAGUCUGAAAGAGUUUAAUAAAAGCUGCUUGUUUCUGUGAAUCGAAGAGCAAUUAGAUAAAGGACAGGUGAUGUCAUCUCUGAAUGUUCCAGCUGAAUAUUUGCAAAUAAAGGCUUUCGUCUCCUUGAAGAAUUCUCCGUGUCUGUGUCAUCUUAUCCAAAUUUGAGUCUUAAAACCACGAC